ACGAGGCCAACGAGAACGAGACUUCUGGAUCGCUCAACAYUCAGCUGUCCUGGAAACAAGGCCGGCAGCUCCUCAGACAGUACCUGCAGGAGGUGGGCUACACAGACACCAUCUUAGAUGUGAAGUCCCAACGAGUCCGAGCUCUGCUAGGGCUCGCCGGGGACGGGGGAGGGAAGACGGGCGAGCGGAUGAGCGCCGAGCCACUGGUCAACGGGACGGACUCGACAACAAAGGGCACCAAGGGGAAAGCCGACCUCUCGGACACGAGCGCCGUCCUGGAGGCCUUCAAACUAAUCGAGCACGCGGCGGCUGAGCUCAGCGACGAAGACGAGGAGGAGGACAGCGAGGGGAGAGACAGGACCAACGUGGAAUCCAGGACUAUCAUGAGAAAGAACCCCCCGUCMUCGUCUCUGCCAGCCAGCAUGGACACCAGCGAGGACCCCGACACGGAGGAGGCGUUGAAGAGCUUCGACUUCCUGCCGCUCGACAACAUGGACACCUCGGAGUCCAGAGGGACCGGAGACGGCACGGACUGGGAAAAAGACGACCAGGGUCCCAUUUCUGAGGCCUGGGACGUGGACCCGGGCCUGAUAACCAAGCUCAAGGAGCAGUACAAAAAGGAGCGCAAGGGGAAAAAGGGGGUGAAGAGGCCCAACCGGUCCAAGCUGCAAGAUAUGCUGGCUAACCUGAGGGAUGGAGAGGACUUGUCCCACAUGCAGCCCCCGUCCGCCCCUCAGCCCCGGCCCAACGUGGCCCGCUUCAAUGAACACGAUGGAAACCGACCGGACGAAGUUGAGGCYCUCACUUUCCCUCCCACCUCAGGAAAGUCCUUCAUCAUCGGCACAGACGAGGCCAUGGAGAACGUUUUGGGUCUMGGGGAUCUGGCAGGGCUCACUGUCGCCAACGAGGCCGACAGUUUGGCGUAUGACAUCGGCAACAACAAGGACGCCAUGAGGAAGACGUGGAACCCCAAGUUCACCCUGCGGAGUCACUUCGACGGGAUCCGCGCUCUGACCUUUCAUCCCGUGGAACCCGUCCUCAUCACCGCGUCUGAGGACCACACCCUCAAAAUGUGGAACCUGCAAAAGACCGCUCCCGCCAAAAAGAGUACGUCUUUAGACGUGGAGCCAAUCUACACGUUCAGAGCUCACAGGGGAGCUGUGCUGAGUGUGGUGAUGAGCAGCACGGGGGAGCAGUGUUUCAGCGGGGGAGUUGACGGAACCAUCCAGUGUUGGAACACUCCCAACCCCAACAUCGAUCCCUACGACUCAUACGACCCAUCGGUGCUGCGUGGAGAGCUGAGCGGACACACGGACUCGGUUUGGGGUUUGGUGUACAGCGGCGCACAUCAGCGCCUCCUCUCCUGCUCCGCGGACGGCACCGUGAGGCUGUGGGACGCCAACACCACCUCCCCCGCCCUCGCCGUUUUCAACGAAAACAAACAGCUGGGCGUUCCCUCCUCUGUAGACCUAGUCUGCAGUGAACCCGCUCACCUGGUCACGUCCUUCACAAACGGCCAGAUCGGUCUCUUCAACAUGGAGACCCGCCAGCUGGUCCUAAGUCUGGAAUCUGGUUUGGAGCCAGACGCUCCCUGUCAGAUCAACAAAGUCCUCAGCCACCCCACGCUCCCGAUCACCAUCACGGCGCAGGAGGAUAGACACAUCAAGUUCUUCGACAACAACAGUGGGAAGCUGAUUCACUCCAUGGUGGCCCACCUGGACGCUGUCACCAGCUUAGCRGUGGACCCGAACGGACUUUAUCUCAUGUCAGGCAGUCACGACUGCUCCAUCCGCCUGUGGAACCUGGAGAGUAAAACCUGCAUCCAGGAGUUCACGGCUCACAGGAAGAAGUUCGAGGAAUCCAUCCACGACGUGGCGUUUCACCCGUCUAAGUGCUACAUCGCCAGCGCCGGGGCCGACGCGCUCGCUAAGGUGUUUGUAUGACGUGGAGCUACCUGUUCGCCGCCCUUCCCUGACCCCGCCCCCCACCCCCCCUCACAGCCUCGCUUUGUCUCCCGAGAUCAGGGACCAAUAGAGACUCAGCAGGGGGCAGAACGGUCAGGCAGGGGAGGGGGUCCAGUCCCACUUCACACAGCCCACCGGUCUCCUGUCAGACCUGCAGACUAUGUAGCCGCUAGCCUUCAGCAGGCUGUUCUCCUUUGAGAGGAAUGGCAGGGGGCGAGGGGGGGUCCGGUCAGGAGGAGAACUGGUCUCUGGUCCCCCACCCACCAUCCAGGCAGGCCUGGGUGAGACCCUGCAGACUAAAACUUACCCUCCACAGAAAGGAGGCUCAGGACAAGUGGCCCCGCUCUUCCUCCCCCUGCUUAUCCACAGUUCCCUCAGGCCCUUCAGCCUCUUAGAGAAACCAAGUCCAGACCCCCCCCCCCUUUUUUUUCCCCCUCUAAACCAGGUUUUGAGUUCCAGAACCACAGGAGUGGGUCUGCUUCCCAGACUGACUCUGCUUGCUGACCUGCCUUUAUUCCUCCUUCUCUUUUUUUAAACUCUCUAUUGACAAAAUGUGCCUUUGCUUUAAAAAGGUCUUUAAAAUGUUCUUUUAACAAGCUUGUUUUGGGGGGAGGGAAGUGGAGAAUCAGAGCGUUUGGGGAGGGGGGGGGUCGCAAUGUUGUUCGUUUUAACAUUGGAUGUAAAAUUACAAAUGCUUAUAAUAAACAAAAUAUAUAUUCAGUCUUAAAAUUUACUGUGCGGCGCGAGUUUGGGUGAUUUUUUUUUUUUUUUCCUUUUGAGUGCGGUUGGGGGGAAAUCAGUUCUGUGUGUUUGAGAGCAAAGCUGGUCCGAUGACAUUAAAUGUAUUACUUGUUUUGUUAGAUUCAAGUGUACACUUCAGAUUACAAACAUGUCCAAAGUAAACCAUCUUGGUUUUAUAAUUAAUAAAUCAGACUUGAUGUCAAUUUUAGGAGUAACUAACAGAUUUUGUCCAGUUUGCUCUUGUUUGAACUGAAUGCGGUGUACUGUCUGUAGUUUUUUUGUUUUUGUUUUUGUUUUGUUUUUUUCCCCCGGCAGCCGUGUGGAUGCGCUCCACCACGAUGUGAUGUAUCAUGAUUUUUACAGUAGUCCCGUGGUGUUUAGCAGGAAAUUAGUGCAGUACUUUUAGGACUAUUUGCAAAAUGAGCUAAACCUUCCAGCACUCGAUGGGAGACAAACGUCCUGCGGUUCCAGUUUACUGUAAAUUGAGGAAUUUAAAAAAAAGAAGAAAAAAAAAAAGAAGUUGUACAUGGAGAGUAUAGCUUUACAUGAGCCAUUUUCUCAGUCACUGGUUUGUAUAUGAAAGUAUGUUCAAAAUAAAACCUGCUGUAAAAUGUUUA